AAUUUCUUGCACUAUCGUUUUAUGUUUAAAAUGUAAACAAAAGGAAUCCUGUAAAAUCCACAAUUCGUACAAAUUAUGGACUCCUGUUUAUUGUGCUUAAAAUUUAAUAAAGAAUUACUAAAUUUCAUAGAAGCCAACUCCACACGAUGGCAAGAACUCAACAUCACAAAAGUGCUAGAGAAACAUUUCUGGCCAUUGAACACCAUGCAUCCCAGCACUUGGAUGUGUUUGUCUUGCUGGCAAAAGCUAGACGAUUUCAACAAAUUCUACUUGAGUAUAGAAGAGGCUCAUUUUAAUUUAGGAAAAAUUAAAGUUGAAGAAAAUCGAUUGGUAUCCAAAGAGGAAAUAUCAAGUCAAGAAAGUGAAAACUUUUCGUACUUUUGUCUCGAGCCGGAAAUACUAAUAGAUCAGACUGAACUUGGAGAAUUAAUUGUUGACAAAGAAUCCUCACUGAAGCAGAAAAGGAAAAAACAAAGUUUAGAUGAAAAUAGUGUCUUGAAAAAUGAUCCUUUAGCUAAAGUAAAAGUCACAAAGCCAAGAAAUGUAAAAAAAAUAAAAACAAUGACUUCACCAGAAACUAAUACAGCGGAACAGAACGAGAAGAACCCAAACAUUAAAUCAGAACCAGCCAAUUUUUCAAAUAGCGAUUGCUCUGAUAGUAUGAACGAUGAUGAAGAUAGCGAUGAUGAACCAUGUAAAAACUCCUCCGAAAGGGUCAAAAAUAGAAUAAUAAAUAAAAGGGAAGACGAUAUAUUUAUAGCUGAACAUUUUAAACACAUGUUCUGUGAUCUUUGUGACGUUGCAUUUGAAAACUUUAGCGAGAUGCCGAAACACUUUUCAACGGUGCAUGAUCGAAAGGGUUACCUUGUUUGUUGCAGCAAAAGAUUCUAUCAACGCAAUCAUUUAGUUGACCACCUACAUUGUCACUUGAAUCCAGAUCACUUUAAAUGUUCUCAAUGUGGCAAGGUCCUGUCCGAUAGAUAUAAUUUUAAAAGUCAUAUGUUGAUUGUACAUCGACCAAAGGAUGUUGUUUUGAAACAUUCUUGCGAUAUUUGUGGUAAGUCUUUUACCCAAGGCAAAGUAUUGCGCUCCCAUAAAUUAACGCAUUUGCCCAAAGAAGAAAAAAAGUUUCCCUGUACAGAAUGUGGUAAAUUAUACGGUAAUUCCUAUUUAUUGAAAAUACACACCGAAGUAGUACACCUAAAAAAACAUUCAAAAGUCUGUUAUAUUUGUGGCAAAACAUUAGGCACUAGCACUGAAUAUAAAGCUCACAUGAACAAGCAUGAAGGCAUUCCUGCUCCCGUUAUCAACUGUGACGUGUGUGGCUUACGUCUGACCAGUGAAAGAAGUCUUAAGCUGCACAAAGAAUCUCAGCAUCCGGUGGGUGGCAAACAACAACAUCCCUGUCCUGUAUGUCACAGAAUAUCACCUACGGCUAGGGCACUUAAGAAACAUGUAAAUACGAUGCAUGAAAAAGGGUACGAUCAUAAAUGCAGCAUGUGUGAAAAGGCUUUUAAAAGGGCAGAAGCUUUAAGGGACCAUAUGGGUUCGCAUACCGGUAGUACAUUAUAUACGUGUCCUUGGUGCCCGAAGACGUUUAAUUCAAAUGGUAAUAUGCAUGCUCAUCGCAAAAAAGUACAUCCUAAAGAAUGGGAGGAAGCCAAACUUCAAAAAUAUUCGGGAAACUUGCCGGUCGAAUUGAAAGUAAAGAUUGCAAAUAAUAAUAUAGAAGGAAAUUUUUAAAUAAACUCGAAAGAUAAGAAAUGUACAUAUAUGCAUGUAUGUAUGUGUCUUUGAAUUUGUUUAUAACAUGUAUAAA